AUGUCUAUCCCAACUUUUCUCCCAGCUGCUUCCCCAGACUGCCACUGUUGUCAGGAGUUUGGUCAGGAGGGGCAGUGUCAAUCCUCCUGUCAGAAGUGCCGACCUGGGCACUACCAACCCAACAACAGCUCCAUAUCAUGUCUCAAGUGCCCUAUAGGGCACAAUAGCAGCACCUUUGGAAAUCUAGAGUGUUCUGCAUGUAAGCCUGGGUUCUUUGCUAACACAACAGGGAUGGCAGUGUGUCUCCCUUGUUUACCAGUUGCUGCAGGAUGUGCAGCCUGUCUGGCACUGGUCAUAGGAGGGACUCUCAGCGUGUACUGCAAGAAAAGAAGGAUUCCAAAGGAGAAAUCAUCCUCUACAGAGACACACAGACUCCUGGAUACUGAGGAAAAGUCUGAGGAACCAGUUUACCAGGGGCUCUAGUACACUUUGUGUAGCUGUUUUACAUAUCCUCUAUCAUAAUUAAUCAGGGCUUUCCAACUUUUACAGCAGUUAUACAUGUACAAAUAUACAAGGCAAAUAUGAUCUGCAUUUUAGCAAAUUUCUAUCCUCGUCAAGCUACUUUCCACUGUCUUUAAUAUUAGGUUGAGAAAUCAAUUAUUCCCCAAUGCCUUACUCUUCUCAUGACCAGUCAGAAUUGUCAGGGACCUGGUAAAAAAACAGUGGAUAUAUGUACACUGCACUAACUACUGAUGAGCCGGCUCUCUUUCAUGUCAUGUGUUUGUGCAACACAUACAGAUUUUUGAAAUUUGACAAUGGAGAUAUUCAAAGUCUAUAAGGAACUGUUUGUGGUAAAAAAAGUACUACCAGUAGUAUGUGCAUGUCAAUGACAUAACCUGGACGCACAUAUAUCAAGUGCAAUAAAUUGAAGGUAAAUGUUACUGCAAAGAACAGGCAGUAGUGGGGAUGUAAUGCUGAUAAUGAAUGUUAUGUUUUGUAUUAGAUUGAUU